GUUGGCUCGUUCCAUAAUCGAUCUCUUUCGUUCAUUCCUUCUCUCCUUUCACAAUGUCCACUCCUGAGGUAACUGUCGGUAAGGGUAAAAACAUUCCCACCCAACCUCCACAAGGAAAGGAACCCCAAGUCGCCAUUCGAACGUAUUCUCAGCGGGUCGAUCAAAGGUUUGUUCAGUACGCCUUCUACUCCACGUACCUUAAUCUCGUUCCGGAGGGGAUCUACGCCCGGUUGAAAUCACCUUCAAUUAUCAUAUUCUGGCUUAUGGCAUCUACAUUUGCAUAUAUCGAGAUCCCUAAAGCUAUACUACACUUGGAGCUCUCCGGGAAGUUCAUGCUGGGCAUCAAGAUCUUUCUGGUCAUAGCUAGUAUUGCGCUCGGAUUGGUAGCCAUUAUUUGGUAUGUUGACAAGAUGGUGAUCUCAGCUCGAAUUGAACAUGGAUUGGCAAAUGACAUGGGAGAUAUUCAACAAUUCUAUCUUGGAUUCAACACCGAGGAAACCGUAGAAGGGGACAAGAAGGUCACUAAAGUCAAGCCGGUUGAAGGCGAGAAGAAUGAUUCACAUUUCUGGGUCCUCACUGUGGACGACAAUGUAGUUGGAUGUAUUGGUUUGAACCAUUCUCAAGUUGACAAGUUGGAUAAAUACUAUGCAGAACCCAUCAAGGCUGCUGCUAAGACCCCCGAAACGGUUGAACCUGCAGUAGAUGAAAGUUCAUGGUUGUUCAAAGUAUUCAGUGCCGUUGCUAAGGUCGACGACUUGAUCAGUUUCUGUGUUGUAAGCGGACACAACGCUGCCAUUGGUCUUUACCGUAAGGUUGUACCCCUUCCCGACAACGUCGUCCUGUUCAAAGCACACAAGAAGAAUGAGGCUAGUCUGCAGCGUUUGGCUAUCAAGACCGAAUACCAAAACCAUGGCCUUGCUAGCAUCCUUAUCAAGCGUGCCAUUCUUUGGGCUCAUCAGCACAAGAUCGAGUACCUUUUUGCCACCACUGACGAAUUGCAGAAGCAUGCAGCCACCAUUUUGAGCACCAAAUAUGGAUUCCAGAAGGUUGAGGUGAAGAAGACCGGUUACUAUAGCCGUGAGACUCUGUGGAGACUGGAUGUUAACGAAUGGAUUGAAAAAUCCUUGAAAGAGAAGGAGCAAGAGGCUCAGCAAAACGAAAACGGGAAGAGUCAAAAGGCCACAUCUUCCUCCAAAAAAUAGACAUUUCCUUGUAAAGGAAUCGAUUCCUUUUGCUAAAAGCUGCUUCGUUUACUGCCCUCAUUUAAAGUCAACUCUAUGUGGCUCUACUAAUAAUUCUGUAUUGCAUUUUGCUUUUUGUGAUAUAUUCCAUUCCAAUGUUAUCUUACUAUCUACACCCUUUUGCGAAUCAAAAAUGAAAUAUAUGUGUAUAACCAUGA